UCAGUCAGCCACACACAUCCGAGCCGAGCUGAAGCUAACUACAGCCAUGGACAGCACUAGGAGAUCUGAAAUCUAAUCGCAUGCAUCAUACCUCCGGGAUAUUUUUUUAAAUUACAUAUAUAAACACGCUGACAGGCAGCCGCGCUCGCACACACACAUAUACAUCCACACGUCGGCAAAGCCGCCAGCACCCGCACGGCCGCUGAGCAAACACCUUGUCUCUUCUCGCAGGAUAUACCCGCUCACACACAUCUCUCUUUAUCUCCUCCUGGCUUCCCGGAGGAUCGUGCCGGCUGUUUUUCAUGGAGAAAGUCCAGGGAGAAAUGGAGAUUGAGAGAUGGGAAAGAAGUGAAGAGAUUUCAGACGCAGAAAAAAAGGUUAUUCAAGAGACAUGGAGCAGAGUAUAUGCAAACUGCGAGGACGUUGGGGUCUCCAUACUCAUCAGGUUUUUUGUCAACUUCCCGUCGGCCAAGCAGUACUUCAGCCAGUUCAAGCACAUGGAGGACCCGCUGGAGAUGGAGAGGAGCUUGCAACUGCGUAAGCACGCUCGGCGGGUCAUGGGUGCCAUUAACACUGUGGUGGAGAACCUCAAUGACUCCGAAAAGGUCUCCUCUGUCCUGGCCUUGGUGGGCAAGGCCCAUGCCCUCAAGCACAAAGUGGAGCCCAUCUACUUUAAGAAACUCACUGGUGUCAUGCUGGAGGUCAUUGCUGAAGAGUACGCCAACGACUUCACCCCAGAGGCGCACGGCGCCUGGACCAAGAUGAAGACUCUCAUCUACACCCAUGUGACAGCGGCGUACAAGGAGGUGGGCUGGGCGCAGUAUCCCACCGCCACCCUGUGAGCGGCCAGCGGGGCCGGGCGAGGGGCAGGGAGGGCUUUGCUCACCCCAGGACUUCACUCUGGUCUCUUAAGAUCUUCACUCAGUCUGGGGAGCCCGGCAGGGCCAGCUCUGUUAGCUGCCAAGUCACAAUUUGAUCUCCAUGGGGUUUAAAAACAAACUAAAUAAGCCAAAAAAAUAGA